GUAAAUUACAGAAUGCCAAAGUUCUCUUUAGUAAAAGGACAUUUUAGAUAAUUUUAAGAAAUCUUUUAAUUAACCAUUUCAUUGUUUAAGUACUUUUUAUUUAGAUUAUUUUGAAUAAGCAUAGGUGCAAAGGCAAACCGUUCGGAACAAACAUUAUGGAGAAGUCAACUUCGGCUCACAGCGGAAUAGAUAAAACUACGUCCGCACAAGGAUCUGAACAUUUUCCGCCCAAUACGUGUCAAGAUAACAAUUGUUUACCGUACUUUAUUUCGUCAAUGUUUGUUUCAAUAAUAGAAGACACCGUUACUCAGCUGAGGAUUCUUGACGAAUGUAAUAACGAGCUGCGCAUUCACAAGACAUGGUCGGACAUGCCAUUACACGUGGCGCUAAAGUUUGGCGUGGAACAGCUGCCGAUCACCGAUGAGCUUGAGAGCAUCGACCCUCAUAAGCUUACCUGUAUGGCUUACAAGCUCGACAAACUGGACGCCGAUAGAAAGCUAGUCACCAAUACGUUUGUUGAGACGUACCAAGACUUGACGAUUGACAAGACAUACUCCACACUGUUAGAGCGAGUCAACAAGACCUUCAACCUGGACGACCAUCGAGAAUUCUUAAAGGAGGACGAGGCUAAGAACAGAGUAUUACGCCGUGAAUUAUGCAAGCAAAUAAGACAACAGCGAAAUCACAUCAAAACAGUUAUCUAUGACACCGACGUGACUAUUGAUGAUCUUAAAACACAAGUUGAGGACGCCCAAUUGUAUUCCGAAUGCCGUAGUCGCUACGUGGAAAACUGGCAGCGCGCGCGCACCGAACAGCACGUACAGAUCAUAAAGGAACAGGAGAUCAAACCUUCGGAGACCAUCGAGUAUUACAAACAGAGAGCAGACCACGAGCACAGAGUCCAUUCCGAAGUUGAAAUGCUUACUAAUGUUGCUAUAAACGAAACUAUGCAAAAUGUUGAAAAUUGGAUGGACAAAUAUGACACCGAUAUGGAGAAAAUCGAUCUUAAAAUACAGAUCAAGAAAAACGAAUAUCACGACAUGUACGAAAACAGGAUAAGGCUUGAAAAAACGAUUGCAAAGCACGACCAGCUUAUGAAAGACUGGAUCCACUUCAAGGAGGAACGCGAGAAGGCGCGCCUGUACCGAGAAAAGAUGACGACAUCAGCCAUCAUAGUGCAAGCUUGGUGGCGUGGAUUGCUCGUGCGCAGGCAACUUGGACCAUACAAGGUCUCCAAGAAGAAGGGCGGAAAGAAGAAAUAAAUUUAAGAAAAACUACCUAAUAAUUACUGCUAUGCUUUACUGAUUUUAGAAUGAUAUUAUUUUUGUUUAUUAAUUAUUUCUCCUUUAUUAAUUAAGACCCAUUGUUAGGUUUUAGGAUUUUUUUUUCAUGUUGAGUGUUUCUGUCCUAAUAUUGACAAGGAAUUGUUUUACUUAUAUCUUUGUACCUCUGAAUAUUUAACUAAAAUUUUGCGACAAGAUGCUGAUGAUGCCAUGAUGAAUUGAUGAUGCAUGCACAGCGGAGAAUUCGACUAAAUAUCUUCUUAUAGCUAGGUAAGUAAAUAAAAUAACACUGUUACUUUGGCAUUUAUUUAGCGUAAAUAUUCAUAUUAAAGUACUUCUAGUGAA